AGCUAUAACAAGUUAACGUCAUUACCACCUGGUUUAGGCCAACUGCCGAUAUCAAUUUUAAAUGUUAGCCAUAACAAAAUCUCCUCACUCUCUACUGAAUUGUCUAUGUUACAAGCCUUACAAGAUCUUGAUUUAAGUUAUAAUGCUUUGUCUUCAUUGCCUGAUGUAACUGUUGAACUGAAAAGAUUACGAGAAAUUAAUGUCAGACAUAAUUCACUUACGCAAUUACCUACCGAACUUGGUCUUCUGAGAUUAACAAAAUUGGAUAUUUCCUUCAAUCAAAUUUCGUACUUACCUCCAUCACUUUGUCGUAUUGCAACUUUGGACGUACUUAUUGUCUUCAAUAAUCCAUUGGUUUCACCUCCAUCAAAGGUUAGAACAUGA